CGGAUUUCGACCAAUCGCGGCGUCCUGUCAUUUUCAAAAAUUAAGGGCGAAUUUAAACUGUCACAAGUGUGUUGAUAGCCCCGUUUUGUGUUGCUUGCGACAGGUGGGGCCCCCUUAAGUGUCACAAUGCCGUGCGAAAUGAUAACCCUGCAGCUGGGCCAGUGUGGCAACCAAAUCGGAUUUGAAUUCUGGAAGCGCCUCUGUGCCGAGCACGGGAUCAGCCCCGAAGGCAUCCUCGAGGACUUCGCCACCGAGGGCAUCGACCGCAAAGACGUGUUCUUCUACCAGGCGGACGAUGAGCAUUAUAUCCCCCGGGCGGUACUCCUUGACUUGGAGCCGAGAGUGAUUAACACGAUCCUCAAUUCGCCCUAUUCCAAGCUAUACAACCAGGAGAACGUGUUUUUGUCCAAAAAUGGGGGCGGUGCGGGCAACAACUGGGCCUCGGGUUUUUCACAAGGGGAGAAAUUAAACGAAGAAAUUUUCGAUAUAAUUGACCGGGAGGCCGAUGGGAGCGACAGUUUGGAGGGGUUUGUCUUGUGCCAUUCGAUCGCUGGGGGGACCGGCUCGGGGAUGGGGUCCAACAUUUUGGAGAAGCUGUCCGAUCGAUUCCCAAAAAAGCUAGUUCAGACGUAUAGUGUUUUCCCAAAUUUGGACGAAAUCAGUAGUGACGUGGUCGUACAACCCUACAACUCACUCCUGACCCUGAAACGCCUGACCGAAUCAGCCGAUUCUGUUGUUGUUCUGGAUAACACAGCCCUUAAUCGCAUUGCUGCUGACCGUCUCCGUAUCCAAAACCCCACGUUCACCCAAAUCAACAGUCUCGUCAGCACCAUCAUGUCAGUCUCGACCACAACGUUGCGCUACCCCUCGUACAUGAACAAUGAUUUCAUGGGGUUGCUAGCCCCCUUAAUACCAACCCCUCGCCUACAUUAUCUCAUGACAGGGUACACACCCCUGUCAACAGACACUGACGAGGUUAACGUUCGCAAAACUACAGUUUUGGACGUUAUGAGACGUCUCCUUCAACCCAAAAAUAUGAUGGUUUCGACGUCGCAAGACCGCAAUUCGCAGCAUUGUUUCAUCUCGAUUUUGAAUAUUAUUCAAGGGGAGGUGGACCCGACACAAGUUCAUAAGUCUUUACAGAGGAUAAGGGAGCGCAAAUUGGCUCAGUUUAUACCAUGGGGGCCUGCAAGUAUUCAAGUGGCGCUGUCGAAGAAGUCGCCCUAUAUUCAGACAGCGCACAGGGUGUCGGGACUCAUGCUGGCCAACCACACCAACAUCAGUUCGUUGUUUGAGCGGGCUUUGGCCCAGUACGACAAGCUGCGGAAACGCGAAGCGUUUCUGGACCAAUUCCGGAAGGAAGAAAUGUUCAAAGACAAUCUGAAUGAGUUGGAUUCUAGUCGCGAGGUGGUCCAGGAUUUGGUCGACGAGUACAUAGCGGCCACUAAGGAGGAUUACUGCACUUGGGGCCAAACAUAAGCCAUAAUAAAGCUCUCUUCUUUUGUAAAUGAAUGUUGUAAUUAAGUUUAAGUUAUAAUUAGAUUUUUGCAAACAA